AUGUCAGAGGCAUCGCUAACUCCCGAACAAAAAGAGGUCAACAAAAAUUAUAUUUUGGCUAAUCUUGAUAAAUACAUUAUUGAUGCUAGUGGUAAUUUUUUUAAUGUUGACCCAGAAUUGUUGGGAGGAGACAAUGAAGAUAAUAUUUUUUGCUACAUUGGCAGAGAAGCCUUAACUCCGGAGGGAAUUGUAGAAAUUCAAGAGAAAAUG